UGCCGGCCCGCACAAACAAACAAACACACGCAAGAGGACCCUCUCGGAGGGGACUAGCCCCGCCCUUCCGAGUGAGGAGAGCGCGCCGUGCGGAGGAGCAUUGACGGGAAGAGACGAGGGCUGUCUCUCGGGCGCGUGAGUGGCUCUGGCUGGGCGAAGGAAGCGGUUUCCGUAGAGGCCGCGUCCAGAGUUACCGCAUGUCUAUAGUAGGGCGCGAGGGAUAGAGCGGCCGCGCAAGGAUGGCGGCGCUGAGAAUCCGACGUCUGUUACUCCUCCCUGGUUGCGUCCUCCGCUCGUCAAGGUGCGGCUAUCGGGGGGAUUCUCCGGCGGACUCCGGACGGGACCUGCUGGAGAUUCCUCUGCCGCCCUGGCAGGCUCGGCCGCACGAGCCGCUGCAGACCAAACGCGCGAGGCUGUUGUACGAGAGCCGCAAGAGAGGCAUGUUGGAGAACUGCCUCCUGCUCAGUUUCUUUGCCAAAGAAAACCUGAAUCUAAUGAACGAGCAACAGCUGGAUCUUUAUGAUCGACUGAUUAAUGAGCCCAGCAAUGAUUGGGAUAUCUACUACUGGGCAACAGAAGCAAAGCCUGCUCCGGAAAUCUUUGAAAAUGAAGUCAUGGAGAUGCUUAGACAGUUCACCAAAAACAAGAAGAGAGAAAAGAGACUUCAACAGCCAGAUCUGGAUUAUCUUGUUGAAGCCCCACACUGAUCUUGUAUAGCCUUCUCUAUGUCACUCAAUUUUGGAAUCCUUUGAAACAUAGAAGCACACGUUGUGGUAUUUGGAUAUUUCUCAAAAUGUCAAAAACUCAACAUUACCUAGUCCUGAUUCCUAUGAAUCCCUUUAUGAGUAGUUACUAUUCUCCACAUUUGCUUCUCUGUAAUAAAAUUUCAGUGCGAUUUCAUGAUUAGGGCACUUUGGUUGUGACACACACUGCACUUCAGUGGUACCAUCUAUAUGUAACUGCUGACUGAUUAUAAACAAAAGAUAUAAUGUUGUGUUUUGGUUCAUCGAGAAAUAUUCCUGUUAUUAACUUAAUUAGACUUGUAUCCUGCUCAAUCCCAGGGUUUUUGGACAUAUUUAAGUAUUGUACAGUAGAAGGGGAAAUCUGUCCCAAUGGGGUACAAAUAAAUGAGAAUCAUAAA